AUGGCCAAAUGGGGAGAAGGGGACCCGCGAUGGAUCGUCGAAGAACGUCCUGAUGCAACAAAUGUUAAUAACUGGCAUUGGACCGAGAAAAAUGCCGGGCCAUGGUCAAAGGAUCGGUUGAAGGAAUUAUUGAAUAAUUUAAAAAUCGCCCAAAAUGGAAUAGAUUGUAAGGUUACUGAAGUGGAAAAAAUAGAUGGUGAAGCCACGGCUAAUAAUAGGAAAGGAAAAUUAAUAUUCUUCUAUGAAUGGGACAUUAAAUUGAAAUGGGAGGGAUUAUUGGCUGGUGGUAAAGACAAGGUUAAGGGAGAAGUGCACAUCCCUAAUUUAUCUGAAGAAAAUGAUGUCAGUGAAGUAGAUAUAACUGUCACCAUCAAAGGCACUGGAGAUGAAGCCCAGCGAGUUAAAGCCUUCAUGCAUAAUGUGGGUAAGGAUGAAAUCCGCAAACAACUAAAUGAAUACAUCAGAAGUUUAAAGGAAGAAUUCUCAAAAGGAUUAAUUUUACCCAAGAAGGGUGAGGCCCCUGUGAAACCUGACAAUGUUUCCACUAUCACAAGUGGUUUCAACAAGAAAAUAAACAUGGAGCCUGUAAUCUCCAAACAAAAUAAGCAAAUUGGAUGUAAAUUAGAGACAAAAACAAUUGAAUUGUCUGAAAGUUUUCAAUGCAGAGCCCAUGAAUUUUAUGAUGCCAUGACAAGAAUAGAGAUGGUUACUGCCUUCACUCAAGGACAUGUUAAAAUGGAAGCUGAAAAAGGUGGAAAAUUCUCCUUGUUCGGUGGAAAUGUGAGUGGUGAAUUUAGAGAAUUAGUACCUGGGAAAAAGAUAGUUCAAUAUUGGAGAUAUAAACAAUGGCCUGAACAGCACUUUUCUGAAGUCACUUUUAAUAUUGAGGAACAGGAGGACCACACUCUAGUUACGCUCAAACAAGAUUUGGUCCCAGCGACUGAAGUAGAACAAACCCGUGACAAUUGGAAACGUUAUUAUUUUGACAGCAUCAAGCGUGCAUUUGGCUUCGGUGCUUUCCUG